GAGGGGGUGACAGGCAGACCAGGGGAGAAGAGAGAGAGGGAGAGGAGGGUGAGCAAGCCGGAACUCACAACCAGGACAGGGUUAGGUGAGGAGAGACAACUGUGAGAGGCAGUGUCUGAGACACAGAGGUGACAGACCCUGUCACUGGGACACCAGAGCUGAGCUCUCAGAUGGAGCAGGGCCGACCCCGGAGCAGCCUGAGCCUGGCCAGCAGCACUUCCACCACAUCGUCUCUGAGCAGCCCGAGCACCAAGAAGCCUACUCGUGCCGUACAUAAGGUCCAUGCCUUUGGGAAAAGGAACAACGCACUUCGGCGGGACCCCAACCUGCCCGUGCACAUCCGUGGCUGGCUGCAUAAACAGGAUAGCUCAGGCCUCCGGCUGUGGAAACGCCGUUGGUUCGUCCUCUCCGGCCACUGCCUCUUCUACUACAAGGACAGCAGAGAGGAGAGUGUCCUGGGCAGUGUACUGUUGCCCAGCUACAGUGUCAGGCCAGAUGGGCCAGGAGCCCCACGUGGCAGGCGAUUCACCUUCACCGCGGAGCACCCAGGCAUGAGGACCUAUGUCCUUGCAGCUGACACACUGGAGGACCUAAGAGGCUGGCUGCGGGCUCUGGGCAGGGCCUCUCGUGCUGAGGGGGAAGACUGUGGACUACCCAGGUCACCUGUACGACCCCAGCCCGGGGAAGGCCCCGGGGGCCCCGGGGGGCCCCCAGAGGCGAGCAGAAGGGAAGAGGGGCGCAUCUCAGAAUCACCAGAGGUAGCUCGGCUCUCCAGAGGUCGUGGCAGACAAGGAAUGUACGCGUCCAGCCCUGCAGCUGAUCUUCAGUCCGACACGUGGAGCAGGAGGACCAGGAGCCCAGAGCUGUUCUCAUCCCUCUCCCGCCCGCCCUCCCCUCUGAGCCUUCCCCGUCCUCGUUCUGCCCCGGCGCGGCGACCCCCUCUCUCAGCAGGAGACAUAUCAUUUCCCGCCCGGCCUCACACUCCCCUGAGUCGCAUUGAUGUCCGACCUCCUCUGGAUUGGGGACCCCAAAGACAGACCCUCUCCCGACCUCCCACUCCGCGCCGAGGACCCUCCUCCGAAGCAGGCGGAGGACGGCCACCCAGGAGUCCCCAGCCCCGGAGACAGGAGCCUAGAACUCAGUCUACCCAGGCCUCUUCUGGUUCUUCCACCUAUCUCCAGCUGCCCCCAAGACCCCCUGGGACCCGGGCCUCCAUGAUUUUGCUGCCAGGCCCCCCAGCAGACUCAACUUUGCAUCAGAGCUUGGAAACAGACACCCUGUUGACCAAGCUGUGUGGGCAGGACCGGCUCCUGAGGCGGAUCCAGGAGGAUCUGGACAAGAGGCAGGAGGAGAAGGAGCAGCUAGAGGCAGCCUUGGAGCUGACUCGGCAGCAGCUGGGCCAAGCUACCAGGGAGGCUGCGGCUUCGGGGAAGGCCUGGGGUCGCCAGCGCCUUCUGCAGGACCGGCUGGUGAAUGUGAGGGCAGCUCUGUGUCACCUAGCUCAGGAGCGAGAGCAGGUUUGGGACACGUACAGCGGCCUGGAGCAGGACCUGGGCACCUUAAGGGAGACUCUUGAGUACCUCCUGCACCUCGGGUCCCCCCAGGACCGAGCAGCUGCUCAGCAGCAGCUGUGGAUGGUGGAGGACACGCUGGCAGGUCUAGGUGGCCCCCAGAAACAGCCCCCACAUACUGAGCCCAAGUCUCCAUCCCCUGCACCCCAAGCAGAGGAGUCCUCGGAGCGGGAGAGCCUUCCAGAGUCACUGGAGCUUAGCUCCCCUCAGUCCCCUGAGGUGGACUGGGGUCGACCCCCGGGAGGUGACAGAGCCCUCCUCAGCCCCCGCCCAGGUGUUGGGUCUCCAAGGGUCUCACGGGCGUCCAGCCCUGAAGGUCGUCCACCCUCAUCCCCACCGCUGAAAACUAAGGCCCCGGUGGCGCGGCCUCGCAUGAGUGCCCAGGAGCAGCUGGAGCGCAUGCGCAGAAACCAAGCCUGUGGGCUUCCUCUCCCUCGCCCUGCCUCCCCGGGGCUCCUGACCCUGGGGAGGGCGCUGUCCCCAGCAGGACGCCAGCCUGACUUGGAGCAGAGGCCUGUUGUAGGAGCUGCGAACUGGCUCAGGAGUUCUGGGUCCUGGAGUAGUCCCAGGCACUCUACAACCUACAUGCCAACAUCUGGAGGCCACCGGGAGCGGGUCCUCAGUCUCUCCCAGGCUCUAGCUACAGAGGCUUCCCAGUGGCACAGGCUGAUGAUGGGCUCUCCAGGGGGAAGCUCAGACUCCAGGGGAGACUGUCUCCCGCCAGGCUCACAAACUCCCAGUGAAGAACUGCCCCAGGUCACCUUGUCCCCAGCUUCUCACAAGGCUGACUCUGCUACCACAGGGUUCUCAUGCCCAGGGAGCGGGCCAGGCCUGGCCCAGUGGGAAACGGGCUGGGACCCUGGGAACACCCCUCCCACUCCACUGCAGGAUGAAGGGACAUGGCCCCUGAGAGUCACUCUGCUGCAAUCCAGCUUUUGACUUGCCUCUUUGACACAAGCUGGGAGCUCGACCUUGAGGUGUGAAAUCAUUCAGGACCACAGGGGAGAAGUUUGUUCUGUCAUGUGCUCUAGGUGGGCCGGGCUACUGUGGACAAAUGUUGAUUAUCCCAACACUAUCCAAAUUUGGAUUAAAACUUUAAACUAUUAGUCAAUACAUAGCUUUAUUCUCUCUGAGGUUGUGACAUUGUGUUCAGAUUCACAGGUAAUGAGGAAACUGCCUGACUCCAUUUUGAAGUCAGGAGCCAUUAUGCUGUAUUUUUAAAAAUAAGUUUCUAUGCACUGUGAGAGUUGAGUUGCUCCGUUUCCUGGAACUUGACCUUCCCCAACCCAUGACCUUGAUUUUUUUUGAGAAUACCCUGACCUCUCCCUAAUCACAUGGUGGGUGACCAUAUGAUGUUUCUUUAAGGUUUUUCUAUAUUAUAUCACCCCAUUGUCUCCCUUCAGUAAAACUACUCCUGAUUUUACUCCUUAAAAGGGGCCUAAGAGGUGGAUUUGCUGCUGCGCUCUGUAACCCGACUUAGGAGGAGACAGUUUCUGGCCAGCUCUUGGGUGCACCCCAAUAAAAAUAAAGCUUGCUUCAAAUUUGA